CAACCUCAGCUGAAUGUAUAACACCAGUGUACGGAACCGAACAGGCGGAUAAGACAGUGUGUGGCCGGUUGUUGUUAUCACCUUAUUAAACGGUAACGUAGUGAUGCGAUGUGACGAACCCCGCGAGAAGGCUUGGACUGCGCCGUUAAACCGGUUAAACCGACGGUGGACUUUGGAGCCGCAAAGACUUGACUGACUUCAGAUUUCCAAAAAAGAAAAGACACUGCGAUGUUUUUACAUUUCCCAGUGUCCUGAUAACUGCAGACUUCAACCCAAGGCAACACUUCGUUGAGCUACCACUGGGAGUCACAGAUAAUAUAAGCUUCAAACUCCAGCGCAGCAAACAGACAUCAUGUCUUCCAGGGACCGUCGGUCAGAUGUCUACAUAAAGGCAGAGCCGAGCAGUCCGGAGGGAGGUGGGGGAGGUCGGACCAGCCCCGGCGGAGCCUCCUCGGACUCCUCUCAGAGUGGAGGUGGAGGGACCAGGGGAGACAGCGUUAAACGUUACUCGCCGCCGCUCUACACACCGGCUCUGCGCUGCCACUUCAAAGACGAGGCCGCGGACGGGGCAGAGGAGGGCUCCACUGGAAACGGAGCGGGGCGGUGCAAGUACGCCCUCAGCACGCUACCCAAGAGGCUGUGUUUAGUGUGUGGGGAUGUGGCGUCAGGUUACCACUACGGCGUGGCGUCAUGUGAGGCCUGCAAAGCAUUCUUCAAGAGAACCAUCCAAGGCAACAUUGAAUACAGCUGUCCGGCAUCGAAUGAGUGUGAGAUCACCAAGAGGCGCAGAAAGGCUUGUCAGGCAUGCCGCUUCACCAAGUGCCUCAAAGUGGGCAUGCUGAAAGAGGGAGUUCGUCUCGACAGGGUCAGAGGCGGACGGCAGAAGUACAAAAGACGCCCCGAAGUGGAGAAUGCAACAUACCAGAGUGCCCCUCUAUCACUGACAAAGGAGAGUGAAAAAGGUUCCUCCAACAUCAUCGUGUCCCACCUCCUAGUGGCAGAGCCCGAAAAGUUAUUCGCCAUGCCUGACCCUCUGCAGCCCGACACGGCCCAGCGCACGCUCACCACCCUCUGUGACCUUGCUGACCGCGAGCUGGUCGUUAUCAUCGGCUGGGCCAAACACAUUCCUGGCUUCCUGUCGCUGUCCCUCGCAGACCAGAUGUCCGUGCUGCAGUCCGUGUGGCUGGAGGUGCUGGUGUUGGGGGUAGCGUACCGCUCACUCGGCUGCGAGGACGAGGUAGUGUUCGCGGAGGAUUUUGUCCUCGAUGAGGAGAUGUCGCGUGUUGCUGGACUGACCGAGCUCAAUGCAGCAAUUAGUCAACUUGCUCGCCGUUUCCGGGCACUAAACGUGGACCGGGAGGAAUUUGUAAUGCUAAAAGCCAUCGCACUCACUAAUUCAGACUCUGUUUACAUCGAGGACAUGGAGGCCGUGCAGAAGCUGCGGGACCUCCUCCACCAGGCCCUGCUGGAGCUGGAAUGUCAGCGGCGUCCGGACGACCCCCAGCGGGCCGGACGCCUCCUUUUAACAUUGCCUCUCCUCCGACAGACUGCUGGUCGUGCUCUUACCACCUUCUACAGCAUCAAGACCCGGGGCGGUGUACCAAUGCACAAACUAUUCCUGGAGAUGCUGGAAGCCAUGAUGGACUCUCCCUAGAGCGUAAAUAGGACGCAGAGAAAGACCCAGCGGAGAUCUUCAAGAGUGGAUUGUGAAAAGUGAUUUUAUUAGAGAUUUAUCAAUGAGGAAAAUGGUCCUUUUUUUCCCCUUUUUUUCCAUAGGCUACAUGAAAAAAGGAAAAGAAUACGAGAAAAUAAAAACCUCAUGUAUUCACUACGAGGGGAUCGGUUAUUUUCAGUGAGAUGUAACUGCCACGCUUCAGUAAAAGGAGAUCCGAGAGCGGAAACAUUUAACAUCAACUAUUUUCAUGGUGUGCUCCUUCACAGCGUCGAUCUGCAUUUUAACAACGGAAGAACAACAUUUAGGUACCCGAGAACAGACUGCAAACACGUGGCUUUGGAACUUUUUAAAACAAUGCAACAUCGACUCAUGAAAGCCAUAAAAACAUAUCCGGCGAAAGACUCGAGGGUCCAGUUUAGGGUCAGACUGACAUGCACAUGGAGUGCUUGUAUUUACUAUAGUUUAGCGUGCCGUUGUAGGCAAACUCAUAGGAAUUACUUGCAAUAUGUUAAAAGCAAUAUAACAACUCGAUUAUUGUCUGUCACAUUUAAAAUGUGGAUAAACUGGUGGGACAUCUAGUUGUGUGUGUGUGCGUAUCAGUAGUUCUCCACUCUCAGGACCCUUAAGUGCUGAUUUCUGGCUGGUUUGUGUUUGGGGAUGCCGGGUGAGUUUAAAAACGUAAGAGAGAAAACGGCACUUAAGGGGUUUAAUUACCGGAGUUUGGAGUCACUGAUGUACGUAGCCGGUGCUGGAUUCUUUAUAUAAGGUUGUGCAAUGGAGACGUGCAUUUGAAGACUGUGUGCUCAUGAAAUGCUCUACUUUGGUGUGUGUAAGUCCUCUCGGCACGCACAAAAACUGGCUUCCAUACAAGAAAGCGUGUGUGCAGUCUAAAGCAAUGAGCUACACUGAGAUCAGGGAAGAACUCAACUCUUUGACAUUAAAGCGUGGCAACAACAGUGCUUAGAAAAGAAAUGCAUCUGCUUUUUUUUUCUCCAGUAGAUCGAACCACUACUUUUGACUGCAGCACAGGCUGUUCAGACACGAUGGUGGUGAGCUGUUUGAUUUGUGGGCUGUGACACUAAUCCGUAUGAUUGAUAUGUGUGAUGAGAUUUUUGCUGCUUUUUCUGCAGUCGGGAAGAGCGUUGCAUAAAAGAUCUUGAUUGUUUCAAUGAGAGAUCCCUCGUUUUAUUUGUACGUGUUGAACUUGUAAGUGCCCGUAAUGGGUUCAGAGCAACAUAUGCAUCCUUGUUGGAUGUUGAAACUUUGUCUGACAACAUCCUGAAAGUCCUACUCAUUGUUCAGCAAUUUUAAAGGUAUACUAUGCAGGAUUGUGGGUUAGUUUGUGAACGAGUUCGCCUGUGAAAGUAAAAGUAAAAGCCGACCCUAGAUCCACUCUUGUUUGGCAUUUCAUCUCACUUUAUUUUUCAGGGCUGUGUUCUCCUGGACAUGUGGUGCUUACAGUUUGGCACCUGUUAGCUACCUUAUAAUAAAGUCCUGACCUCACCUGUGCGCUCUGGGGCUACACGCUGGAGUUCUCAAUCUCAACCUAAACCCGACGCGUUUGACCAGGUUCAGAUGUGCACUGAUUGGCCGGGUUGGCAAGGGCUCAAGCUGUAUGGGCAGGGGGAAAUCUUUUUUUUUCCUUUUAAAUCAGACAUUAAAAAAAAUAAAAUUGAGCACUUUAUGC